AGGCUCUCAGCAGCCGUGUGGCCAUGGAGAGCAGUGCCUUUGCCCUGAUCCUCACCCUGGCCCUGGCAGCACCUAUUACCUCUGCAGAGAGGAAGUGCCUCCUCUCCGGGUCGUGGCGGAGCGACACCGGCUGCCAGAUGGUCGUGUCCACCCUCGGCGAGGACGGCAGAUUCUCUGGUUCCUACCUGCCAGGACCUGCCACUGGUGACUCCGAAAUCCUCCCCGUGCCACUGCAUGGGUCCCAGCAAGAUGCAGGGCUAGUCCCACAGCCCACCUUCUCCUUCACCGUGCACUGGCGGCUCCAAGAUUCAGAGGCAGCCCAGACAACCGUCUUCCUGGGGCAGUGUUAUGUAGGCACCAACGGGGAGGAGAUCCUGCAUGUCCUGUGGCUUUGGCGAGAGGCGACCGACAGCCCCGCUGAGGACUGGAAAGCCACCCGCAGAGGUGACCCCGUCUCGGUGAGAACAGUGAUUUGGUCUUUUCUGCAGGGUUGGCGCCGGCACCUUCACACGGAUAAAAUAACUGCAAGUGGGGAAAUCCAGGAGGAUCAGUACCGCAAGGAGUUGGUUGUUCUCACAGGCAGGCUCUGCUCGCACUGA